AUGAUUGAGAUUGGAGAGGUACCGCCAUCAGAUCAUGACUCCCGUCUGAUAUCGCUCCUUCCUCACUCAUUGCGUUGCAAGAUCAAGCCAAGGCUGCUUGCUGUAAGGCAUCAGACCGGGCACUUUGACGACUCGGGUCCGUCGUCCAAAGCCAGACUCGCUGCAUGCCAUAUCACGGGACAACUUGAACUAGAGUCUGGCACUCGGUACGAGACAUCAUGCGCUGCCGACGAGGCAUGUUCAAACAUUUUCCUCCACAGUCACAAGAACCUCGAUGCGGUUCUAAUAAGGCAAGGAAUGCCAUGGAUUAUGAUGGUCAGUGAGCGCCGAAUUCCCCAGUGGUCGACGGUAGCAAGUUAA